GGCGGUCAAUAGACUGUUCAGUUGAUUGCGAUCCGCCGAUACAAAUUUAAAGAAGAAGUCUCAUUAGCUAACUGACAAACAUCUCUUCUAGGGUGUAUUUUUACAGCUCUCAGUUGAAGUAUAAAUAUAGUCUAUUGAUAGCGUAGGAAGAUGGAAGACGACGUUUUAACAACACUGAAAAUAUUAAUAAUUGGAGAAAGUGGCGUUGGAAAGUCCAGGUAAGAAAGCUGGUUAGCUCGUUAACGUUAGCUGAACUGAAGUUGUAGUUAACAGUAGCUGGAACGAUUAACUUUAGCUAGGAGCUCUUGUUGUCUCGUUAAAAAAUUACCAAUAAGUAAAUGACCAUGUUUUCGUACUUUGUCUGUUAACCAGAUAGCUUGAUUGUUAACAAAGCAAAAACCAACAUAUGUUGUUAGGAGAUCAUAGUAAACAGGCUAAUGUAACACAAUCGUUUGCUAUGCCACAUCAGCUAGCUAACGUUAGGAAGCUAGCUAGCUAGCUGUUCUAUCUGGAACGUGUGACGUCAUCGAUGUGAUGCGUUGGAGGUGUUGCAACAACAACAAGGAUGACUGCAAGGAGUUAUUUUCACACAGCUAACAUCUUGAUAUGCCUUUAUUAGUCACGCCAGUAUGAGUGAGUUUUGUAGGAUUAAAUCAGAACAAUCAUUUUGCUGGUAGUGUACAGAUAACUAGGCUACUGCUUUAUUAGGAAAAGUGUCAGUGAAGUGAUCAAUUCAAGUGUAAUUAAAUUCAGGUGUUAGUUAUGCUAGAUUAAUCUAAUCAAGACUUGACUGGACAUUUGACGCCUCCAAUAUGACAGCAAGGUUUAUCUAGGCCUAUGUCCUGAGUGAGACCCAGUGAGUCUAAAAUGCUUAUGCCAAGACUCAAGAAUCAAGGCCAAUGUCUUAGCAAUAACUAAAGAGUUUGGCCAACUCAUCUGAGAGCGUUAGAAUCUUAGUGGGUGCCAUGUUGGCAACAAGUUCCAAGAAGAAAUUCUAGAAAGAAUGCAAAGUAGGAUGUUAUUGUCAUGGAAUGGUUGGAGCCAACAUGGAGUAUAGUUUACCAAGCUGUGCAUUUCUCUGGCUCUACUCUAGACUGCUAGGAAGAAUGCUGGUAUGUCUGAGUGAGCCUUGAACCAUCAAAUAGUAGGGCUAUGUUAUAUUACUACAGCAUGAGGACUAGUGCACCUGCACUGCUCCACCCAGUAGUCAGAUGUAAUUUUCAUUUAAGGCCAAUGGUUCAGACCAGACAGCCUUCAGUUUCUCAAAAUAAUCAAAUAAAUGAGUUUAAUUGAAGAAAUGACCGACUCGCUGCAGCUGGAUAUUCCUUCCACCUGACUGGCAAGAGACACUCCCAAACUGCAUCUGCAACAAGGGACAAAUAGUUAUUUUAUACGAUUUUAAGCCUUUUCAAGCAUUUUUUUGUCUGGCAGGAUUUGCUUGAGUAUUUUAGCGAGAUAAGUUAUGAGAUGUGAAGAUGCGAAGAGUCUUUUUUUAUUUAACCUUUAUUUAUCCAGGCGACUCAAUUAAGAACAAAUUCUUAUUUACAAUGACGGCCUGGAAUUUCUUCUUGAAACUUAUGGCGCAAACAUGGCACCCAUUUAAGAUUAUGACUCUAACCGACCAUUUCGAAUCCCACCGUACCUUCUCCGCUAUGCAAUCCGGUUUCCGAGCUGGUCAUGGGUGCACCUCAGCCAUGCUCAAGGUCCUAAACGAUAUUAUAACCGCGAUCGAUAAAAGACAGUACUGCGCAGCCGUCUUCAUCGACCUGGCCAAGGCUUUCGACUCUGUCAACCACCGCAUUCUUAUUGGCAGACUAAAUAGCCUUGGUUUCUCAAAUGACUACCUCGCCUGGUUCACCAACUACUUCUCAGUUCAAUGUGUCAAAUCGGAGGGCCUGUUGUCUGGACCUCUGGCAGUCUCUAUGGGGGUGCCACAGGGUUCAAUUCUCGGGCCGACUCUUUUCUCUGUGUAUAUCAAUGAUGUUGCUCUUGCUGCUGGUGAUGCUCGGAUCCACCUCUAUGCAGACGACACCAUUUUGUAUACAUCUGGCCCUUCAUUGGACACUGUGUUAACAAACCUCCAAACGAGCUUCAACGCCAUACAACACUCCUUCCGUGGCCUCCAACUGCUCUUAAACACUAGUAAAACUAAAUGCAUGCUCUUCAACCGAACGCUGCUUGCACCCGCCCACCCGACUAGAAUCACUACUCUCGGCGGGUCUGACCUAGAGUAUGUGGACAACUACAAAUACCUAGGUGUCUGGUUAGACUGUAAACUCUCCUUCCAGACUCACAUUAAGCAUCUCCAAUCAAAAGUUAGAUCUAGAAUCGGCUUCCUAUUUCGCAACAAAGCCUCCUUCACUCAUGCUGCCAAACAUGCCCUCGUAAAACUGACUAUCCUACCAAUCCUUGACUUUGGCGGUGUCAUUUACAAAAUAGCCUCCAACACUCUACUCAGCAAAUUGGAUGUAGUCUAUCACAGUGCCCUCUGUUUUGUCACCAAAGCCCCAUAUACUACCCACCAUUGUGACCUGUACGCUCUUGUUGGCUGGCCCUCAGUACAUAGUCCCCUGUACCUCAGUUGGUAGAGCAUGGCGCUUGCAACACCAGGGUUGUGGGUUCGUUUCCCACAGGGGCCAGUAUGAAAAUGUAUGCACUCACUAACUGUAGGUCGCUCUGGAUAAGAGCAUCUGCUAAAUGACUAAAAUGUUAAAUGAUAUUCGUCGCCAAACCCACUGGCUCCAGGUCAUCUGUAAAUCACUGCUAGGCAAAUCCCCGUCUUAUCUUAGCUCACUGGUCACUAUAGCAACACCCACCCGUAGUCUGCGCUCCAGCAGGUAUAUCUCACUGGUCAUCCCCAAAGCCAACACCUCCUUUGGCCGCCAUUCCUUCCAGUUCUCUGCUGCCAAUGACUGGAACGAACUGCAAAAGUCUCUGAAGCUGGAGACUCUUAUCUCCCUCACUAACUUUAGGCAUCAGUUGUCAGAGCAGCUUACCGAUCACUGCACCUGUACACAGCCCAUCUGUAAUUAGCCCAUCCAACUACCUCAUCCCCAUAUUGUUAUUUAUUUUGCUAAUUUGCACCCCAGUAUCUCUAUUUGCACAUCAUCUUUUGCACAUCUAUCAUUCCAGUGUUAAUACGAAAUUGUAACUAUUUUGCACUAUGGCCUAUUUAUUGCCUUACCUCCAUAAUUUACUACAUUCGCACAUACUGUAUAUAGAUUUUCUGUUGUAUUUUUUACUUUGUUUUGUUUACCCCAUAUGUAACUCUGUGUUGUUGUUUUUAUCGCACUGCUUUGCUUUAUCUUGGCCAGGUCGCAGUUGUAAAUGAGAACUUGUUCUCAACUGGUUUACCUGGUUAAAUAAAGGUUAAAUAAAAAAUUACAAAAUAACUCUCUCAGCUGAGUUGGCCAAAUUCUUUAACUAUAGCUAAGGCAUUGGUCUUGGCAUAGGCCUAAGAUUGAUCAGACUCUCACUCAGGACACAAAAGCCUAGCUAAACCCUGCUGUCAUAUUGGAGGCGUCAAAUGUCCAGUUCAGUUUUGAUCAAAUUCAUCUAGCAUUUAACACCUGAAUUGAAUUGACUGAAUCAGAAACUUUCCUAAUAAAGCAGUAGCCUAGUUAUCUGUACACUACCAGCAAAAUGAUUGUUCUGAUUUAAUCUUACAAAACUCACUCAUACUGAAGUGACUAAUAAAGGCGGAUCAAGAUGUUAGCUGUGUGAAAAUAACUCCUUGCAGUCAUCCUUGUUGUUGCAACACCUCCAACUCAUCAAACCGAUUAUGUCACACUUACUAACAUUAGCUAGCUGAUGUGGCAUAGGAAACCACUUUUUUACAUUAGCCAGUUUGCUAUGAUCCCCUAACAACAAUCAUUGGUUCUGCCUCUCAAACAAUGGAAUUCUAUGAUUUCACUAAACCAUCCUCUUUUCCUUCUUUGUUUGUCAAAGAUAAUGUGUAGUUAACUAUAGACUCAUAAGCAAUGCCAUUUCCUGGUGAGAAUACAUUAAUGCUAGCUAUUGGUAUGAAUAAUGUGGGCCACGGCUAGUGUUUCAUCUUCCCAUUUUGGGUUACUUCCUCUACCUUGCAUUUUUAAGUAUUGUUAAAAAGUAAUAUCAUAUAAUUAGACGCAAUCCACUACUGACAUUAUGUAUAUAUUUUUAAUCAUGUAUUGAUUAAAUACAUACAUGAUCUCAUUCUCAAAUUUCCCCUCUCUCUUCCUAGUUCUUCAAGUCAUUAGAAAUCUCCCUGGCAGAGGAUAAGGGUUUCAUUUUACCAGACAAAUUGGCCUGUUGCACUGCUAUUGUGCUAUUAUGUAGGCUAAGUAACAACAUUGCUACUGAGGUAUCAGGCUACUGACAUAAAACAAUGAUCAGUCAUUCUUCUGACAUUCCAUCUGAUAAAUCAUUUCCAUAUGGAUGAAGAUAAUGAGUGUAUGGUUGAAUAAGAAAAUUAGAGGAUUGGGCUAUUAUCUGUGUUGGGGUUGACUGGAAAGAAGAAGGAUUAGCUAGCUACAUCAUUAGCCUUGUGAUUCCGUUCCUAGCACUUGAUUAGUGACUCAAAACUGAACCCUGACCCUCUGACCACCAACCAAUGAUGUCAUCUGGUUGUUAGUGUAUUGAAUAUGUAGGCCUAUGUGCUCAUGGCUAUUUGUCUUUGUGGAAGUUGCCCUUGUUUCAAACGUGUAAUACAGUACUGUAAAAACUCUAUCGGCCUAAAUGUAAUUGUGCUAGGCUAAAACGGAAAUGAUACAAAUUAUAAGUAUUUGUCUUUUUCUCUUUUGCAGUCUUCUCUUGAGAUUCACAGAUGACACAUUUGAUCCAGAACUAUCAGCAACAAUAGGUGAGUAAUACCUUCUGACGGCAGUGUCACUAGCCCACUAUAACCCACACGCAUAACAGUCAGUAUCAUUAGUUCUUGUUUGAGUGACAGUUCUCCUGAUUUAAUCCUAUCACACAGUAACCUAAUGGACAGGGCCUGCUGAGCUCUUAGCCUAUUUUCUAAGAGGUCACUCACAGACAGUGAGCACAGCCAGUACUGGACAGGAUCCCUCUUAUCUGAGCUAAGAGCAGAGUAGCUUGACCUGGUCAGUCCUGUAGUGGGCUCAUAUGGGUGUCAACUGUAUGAACAGACCAGGUAACAAUAGGCUACUCACUGACUGCUAUUCUGAAUGAAAAGUAUAGAUAAUAUCACAACUGUCUGUUUUAUAGUAUCCCAACUAUUUCAUUUACAUUUAAGUCAUUUAGCAGAUGCUCUUAUCCAGAGCAACUUACAGUUAGUGAGCGCAUACAUUUUUUAUUUAAUUUUUUCAUACUGGAAUCGAACCCACAACCCUGGCGUUGCAAAUGCCAUGCUCUACCAACUGAGCUACAUCCCUGCCGGCCAUUCCCUCCCCUAUCCUGGACGAUGCUGGGCCAAUUGUGCGCAGCCCCAUGGGUCUCCCGGUCGCGGCCGGCUACGACAGAGCCUGGAUUCGAACCAGGAUCUCUAGUGUCACAGCUAGCACUGCGAUGCAGUGCCUUAGACCACUGCACCACUCGGGGAUAAUAAUCUACUCUCUAUUAAUUUGAGAUACAGCCCGGUCUACAGUGAAUGAGUUAUUCAUUCAUCUGGAGGUGAAAUACAUGGUUUGGGAAAUGGAGAAUUCCUUCUUUUCUUCCAGGAUCUGCAAAUGAUAUCAGAAUUCCAAACGGUAUUAAACAUUAGACUCUUCAAGGACACCCCUAUUAUUAUUUUCAGGUAGCCUUGAGACAGUUAACAUCCAGGAGUGACUUAGUGAAAGACAGGCUCAAAAUUCAUAGCGCUAUUGAUUACUUAGAAUGGGAGACUCGAAAACGAAAUAGUGUUGUUUUUUCUACAAUAAGAAGUUCUUCUGACUGCACAAUGUAGCCUUUGUUAAAACAACCAUGCGUGCCUGUGGAUUCCCACAGAGAGUUCCAUGUAAUAAAUAAAAAAUUCUGGUAGGCAUGCUUCACUCCUAUUUUACUUGGCCAACUCAAUAUAUUUGCCAAACAGAUGUCCCCAUAGAGGUCUAGCUAUACUCCCCACAUUGACCUAAGUCCCUUGUGAUUUGUGGUCUGAAAACCAUUGGUAUCUCUCAAUUCCUGCUUGCUCCUUCCUCGCUUUGUAUAAAGCAAAAGUUAAAUCUACACUUGUCAAUAUCUGUCAUAUUAGCAUAAACAUACCGUGGUCUCUUAUUUGAGAAUUACUGUAAUUCUGUGCCAGCAUGUAAAAAAUCUGUAUCGGAACAUGUGGUUUGUAGCACCCCUUUGACAUUAAAUAGAGCUAACCAAAUAAAACGACCUCCCUAUCAUCCAACUACUUUCUGUCUUAAAUAACGUGAUGAGAAACUCCGGUUCAGGUGUACCGGUACUCAUGAAUAAAUACAGAGCCUCAGAUUUGUAAUCGGUUAAAAUACUUUGUUGGCACUACUACUGUUUUGGUGCAUGUGGUUGUUGUUCUUAGUGUGCUGUCUGUGUGAGUUAUCAAGUGUUAUACAACGGAUCUAAUCCUGAAUGCUGAUUGGUUAAACCCGCAUUCCAGACGGUGUAUAUUCCACAAAUUACCACUGGCUAAAUCUAUGUUAAAAUUACUAUUUACUCUGUUCCAUCUGACUGCGCAAUCCACUGUCUCAUCAGCCCAGCCAGGCACUUUAUAAACUUGAUCUCCACUAUAAAAAGCAUCUAGACAUUAUCUCACAUUUCUUUUAGACUAACAUUUAGUUUUCAACAGCAGUGAUUUGUAUAAACCUUGCUGUCUGUCUCUCUGACAUUUGCAACAUUGUUUCAAUAUUCAAAUUCGAUCUCGAGCUGUCCCAUAGUAAUGAACGUGUUGGGACAGGACAGACAGACAUGCAGGCAUGAAUCAGCUGACAUCAUUUUUAUGGAUAUAUAGAAAUAAAUGUAAAUUGCAAAAAGGUGAAACGAAGUGCAUCUAGUUUGCAGUCUUUCCAGCUUCAGUUUGAUGUUACUUCGUCUCGGGCCUAACAACACCCGUGCCAAUAUAUCCUCCAAACUCCUGCUUCGAGGUUAUUAUCACUUAAAUCAAACACACAUAAUUUAGUGGAGUGCAGGGCCGAAAAAAGUAGGUAUAAAAACAAUACGCCUGCACGCUCAUAAGCUCCACCACGUACCGUUUUAUUAAUAAACAAACAAUGUUUUUGUGAGUUGCCUGUUCCAGAUUUUAUCAGACGUAUUCGGGGCGUUUCAGGUCGCCCGUAAAGAGUUUAGUCUGCAGCACAACAGCCCUACCUUGACUACAUCGCAGUGAUUGUCAGUUAUUGUUGGCUUGGUGAUGUUAUGAACCAGAUGCUGCAUCAUGGCACUGCCUGUACUGCUGUCUACACUGUAGUGAGUGCUAAAUAGCACAGCCUUGUAGGGAUAAACAAACCCAGACCUGACAGUUUAGUGUAAGUUGUAAAUCCUUCUGCGAGUUACACGGCUAGCGACAGUAUCGUAGCAACCCGCCGGGCUCGGAGAAGAGCGAGAGGCCAUGAUUGACAAUAUUUUGGGUGGAGGGGUGUAGGAAGAGGGGAGGGUGAGGAGAUGUGUCCCUCCUGUCUUCACCUCCCCGUCCCCUUCUCCUCUCUGUUUUGGCUCUUGUCUGGGGCCUGAUCCAGAAAUAAAAACAACCCCAUCCCAAGCAUACGUUAUUCCUGAUAAAUCUUUCAGUGCGUGCUAAAACUAUGGGCAAUACGUCCAGCCAAACCCUUCAUGCUAUGUGCUCUGAAAGAAGCCAUGGAGAUUUACUCGUCAAGUGUGACGAGCACGACGCUGUUAUUUUUAUGUAAAUGUAUUUUCGAACCGAGAAGAGGGGAUUUCAAAGGAUGAAUCAUGGCACUUCUGAGCGAUGUCGCAGGUGGAGUUUUUAUUGCAAUCUGCUAUAUUUAUUUUGAUCUUUACAUAUUCAACCACAUAUUCCCCACAGUUUUAAAUCAGGACUCUCAUAAUAUAAUUUAAGUGCAUAAGGCUCAGCCCCUGUCUGAAUAGUGGAAGGGUCAGUUUUAGUUCAGACACACAUUGUGUGGUAAAUGUAGGCCUAUGUAUGUUUUGACCAUUCAUUUUAAAUGAGUCAGGUUAAUUUGUCUUCUUGAUUCAUAUCGUCAUAUGUUUCUUCUUGAUUCAUAUUCUUGAUCUGUGUGAUGACUCAAAUCACCAGGCACCAACCUAUGGUGAAGACACCAUCUGUGAUUUGAGUGUGUGUUUCUUUCUGUGUUUCUUAUGCAGGCGUUGAUUUCAAGGUGAAGACCAUCUCAGUGGACGGGAACAAGGCAAAGUUGGCAAUAUGGGUAAGUUGUCCUCUGCACACACUGUCCCUUUCAAAACUGACUUGAAAAUGCUGCAAAGGAGUUAGUAUAAGGUAUAGGCCUAUGUUAUUGUUGUCGACAACUCCUAGGGAUGGGUGUGUGUGUUUUUAAAGCUAAGAAUUAAAAUUAUUUGCUAGUAAAAAAGAUUUCAUUGCUGAACUUCCGAUGCACAGCAAUCCCUGCCACUUAACAAAUUAUUCACUAAACCCCCACAAGAUGGCGCUGAUGCUCAUCAUUCUGAGCACCAAUGACAAAGGGCUGUCAAAUCUCUAUUUAUGCUUUAGUCCUGGUCCUGCAGGACACUUUUUAUGGUGAUUUCAUUGCUGAACUUCCGAUGCACAACAAUGCCUGCCACUUAAUAAAUGAUUCACUAAACCUCCACAAGAUGGUGCUGAUGUUCAUCAUUCUGAGCACCAAUGACAAAUGGCUGUCAAAUCUCUCUUUAUGCUUUAGUCCUGGUCCUGCAUCACUUUUUAUGGUUCUGUCCUAGUCACGCCACUAUAUUUACCUCCUCAUGUGUCCAGAGCCCGAUAGCUGAGAGGGUUGUUUUAUGAUGUGUCCAGAGCUGUUUUGUUUUGAUGUGCCCAGGGCUGUUUUGUUAUGAUGUGUCCAGAGCUGUUUUGUUUUGAUGUGCCCAGGGCUUUAAUGGUUAUGGUUGUGUUUUGCAGGACACAGCUGGCCAGGAGCGUUUCCGAACCCUGACGCCUAGUUAUUACCGCGGCGCGCAGGGAGUCAUCCUGGGUGAGCAACUUCAUCAUUCAGCCUCUACCCCUUUAAACACAUUCAGCCACCGCUGGUCCGGACAGCCACUAUAAAGACAGUAAUGGCUUUUCAUCCUGUCCCCUACUCUUUACUCUCUGGAACUGACAUUACUACUCCUAACGCUAGAGCAGACAUCCUCCAAAGCCUACAUUAUAUCAGGAGGCUAUGAUAGCCACACUAACACCAUGGAUGCAGUAGAGCUGACUUUCUAAACAAAAGUACUUUAUUUCCUCAUCAGUGCUAGUCUGUCGGCUAAGCGUUAGAUUUUGUGAUAUAGAUUUUGCACAUUUCACACACACUUCCUAGUAGUAGUAGGACCUGUGUUAUACUACCCUUUGUGUUGAUACACAGCUCAGGCCUACUUUAUGAUAUAACACAAACACAUUCUUGUGAUGCGUCGGGGGGGUUUGAAACAUGGUUGGAAAGGUCACAUGCCCCCCCCCCCCCCCCCCCCCUCAGUUACAGUAUGUCCUGCAGUCAUCUGCUGACAGAUACAAUGUUUUUGACCGAGCACCUCACCUCUUUGUCUCUUCCUCAGUGUAUGAUGUAACGCGACGGGAUACUUUUACCAAGCUGGACAACUGGCUCAAUGAGCUGGAGACGUACUGCACAAGGAAUGACCUCGUCAAGAUGCUGGUCGGGAACAAAAUUGAUAAGGUGAGUCCGUUUGUUUGUAUACAGUGUGUCAUUUAGGCUAGAAUUGUGCUAUAAUCAGGGGGAAAUGUUUGUUGAUACUUGAUGGGUAACAAGGGUUUUCCCCCUCAUAGAAUCAACACAUUCUAUAUGCAGGGAAUUUCCUGCUUUUCAGUUAUCCUCUAUUCAUUACAGUGAGGGAAAAGUAUUUGAUCCCCUGCUGAUUUUGUACAUUUGCCCACUGACAAAGAAAUGAUCAGUCUAUCAUUUUAAUGGUAGGUUUAUUUGAACAGUGAGAGACAGAAUAACAACAAAUCCAGAAAAACGCAUGUCAAAAAUGUUAUAAAUUGAUUUGCAUUUUAAUGAGGGAAAUAAGUAUUUGACCCCUCUGCAAAACAUGACUUAGUACUUGGUGGCAAAACCCUUGUUGGCAAUCACAGAGGUCAGACGUUUCUUGUAGUUGGCCACCAGGUUUGCACACAUCUCAGGAUGGAUUUUGUCCCACUCCUCUUUGCAGAUCUUUCCAAGGCAUUAAGGUUUCGAGGCUGACGUUUGGCAACUCGAACCUUCAGCUCCCUCCACAGAUUUUCUAUGGGAUUAAAGUCUGGAGACUGGCUAGGCCACUCCAGGACCUUAAUGUGCUUCUUCUUGAGCCACUCCUUUGUUUCCUUGGCCGUGUGUUUUGGGUCAUUGUCAUGCUGGAAUACCCAUCCACGACCCAUUUUCAAUGCCCUGGCUGAGGGAAGGAGGUUCUCACCCAAGAUUUGACGGUACAUGGCCCCGUCCAUCGUCCCUUUGAUGCGGUGAAGUUGUCCUGUCUCCUUAGCAGAAAAACACCCCCAAAGCAUAAUGUUUCCACCUGGUGUUCUUGGGGUCAUAGGCAGCAUUCCUCCUCCUCCAAACAUGGCGAGUUGAUGCCAAAGAGCUCAAUUUUGGUCUCAUCUGACCACAACACUUUCACCCAGUUCUCCUCUGAAUCAUUCAGAUGUUCAUUGGCAAACUUCAGACGGGCAUGUAUAUGUGCUUUCUUGAGCAGGGGGACCUUGCGGGCGCUGCAGGAUUUCAGUUCUUCACGGCGUAGUAUGUUACCAAUUGUUUUCUUGGUGACCAUGGUCCCAGCUGCCUUGAGAUCAUUGACAAGAUCCUCCCGUGUAGUUCUGGGCUGAUUCCUCACCGUUCUCAUGAUCAUUGCAACUCCACGAGGUGAGAUCUUGCAUGGAGCCCCAGGCCGAAGGAGUUAUUUUGUGUUUCUUCCAUUUGCGAAUAAUCGCACCAACUGUUGUCACCUUCUCACCAAGCUGCUUGGCGAUGGUCUUGUAGCCCAUUCCAGCCUUGUGUAGGUCUACAAUCUUGUCCCUGACAUCCUUGGAGAGCUCUUUGGUCUUGGCCAUGGUGGAGAGUUUGGAAUCUGAUUGAUUGCUUCUGUGGACAGGUGUCUUUUUAUACAGGUAACAAGCUGAGAUUAGGAGCACUCCCUUUAAGAGUGUGCUCUUAAUCUCAGCUCGUUACCUGUAUAAGACACCUGGGAGCCAGAAAUCUUUCUGAUUGAGAGGUGGUCAAAUACUUAUUUCCCUCAUUAAAAUGCAAAUCUAUAACAUUUUUGACAUGCGUUUUUCUGGAUUUUUUUGUUGUUAUUCUGUCUCUCACUGUUCAAAUAAACCUACUAUUAAAAUUAUACACUGAUCAUUUCUUUGUCAGUGGGCAAACGUACAAAAUCAAAUACUUUUUUCCCUCACUGUAUAUUGACCUACCCCAAACCAAUAUCCAAUUUUUCUUGAUAUUCUACGUUUAGAUCAUACCCCAGUAUUUCCCCUAUAUUCAUUUAUUCAAAAUGUAUUAUAUUGUAUAUCUUUUGAAUAAAUAUGUCGCUCGUAGUAAUGCAUCUAACUGACUGCACAAUGUACUCUUUGUUGAAAGAACCAUAUGUGCCUGUAGAUCCCACCCCCCUCCCGCUACCCUUGCCACCACUGCUGGUGGGGAAACGCUGUACUGGUGUAUAUUUGAUACAUUCUUCAAUACUUGGUGUAGUUUGUUCCAAGUUUACAGAUUGAGCUGGAAUGUAAUGUGAAUAAUAUUACUAACCCCACCUGGUUGGGCUGAGAGGAGAGGGCUCAUCCCAUUUUAACACAGCCUGAGUCUAUGUGACCCACAGCAGUGUUUUGAAAACACUCAGAUGUUCAACCAAAUGUUUUCUCUGGGUUUAGUUCCCUAAGUCUGUGUUUAAAAAAACCCAUGUAAUUCCAUUUAAAUGUAUCCUGCUGCCUGUAUGUAUCGUCUUCCACCAUAGUAUGACCUUGUUUGUUGUUUCUUAACCCUGUAGUAGAAUAUAACUUGAGUAUAUAUAAUGUACAGUACUGGCAUUUGGCUGUGGCACUGACUGUACUCUCCUAUACUAUACUAUUUAUACAAAACAUGUGGACACCCCUUCAAAUUAGUGGAUUUGGCUAUUUCAGCCAUACCCAUUGCUGACAGGUGUAUAAAUUCGAGCACACAGCCAUGCAAUCUCCAUAGACAAACAUUGGCAGUAGAAUGGCCUUACUGAAGAGCUCUGUGACUUUCAACAUGGCACCGUCAUAGGAUGCCACCUUUCCAACAAGUCAGUUUGUCAAAAUUCUGCCCUGCUAGAGCUACGCCGGUCAACUGUAAGUGCUGUUAUUGUGAAGUGGAAAUGUCUAGGAGCAACAACUACUCAGCCGUGAAGUGGUAGGCCACACAAGCUCAUAGAACUGGACCUCCAAGAUCUGAAGCGCGUAGAAAUCGUCCGUCCCUUGGUUGCAAGACUCACUACAGAGUUCCAAACUGCCUCUGGAAGCAACGUCAGCACAAUGACUGUAUGUCAGGAGCUUCAUGAAAUGGGUUUCCAUGGCCGAGCAGCCGCACACAAGCCUAAGAUCACCAUGCGCAUUGCCAAGCGUUGGCUGGAUUGAUGUAAAGCUCGCGGCCAUUGGACUCUGGAGCAGUGGAAACGCGUUCUCUGGAGUGAUGAAUCACGCUUCACCAUCUGGUAGUCCGACGAACGAAUCUGGGUUUGGCGGAUGCCAGGAGAAUGCUACCUGCCCCAACGCAUAGUGCCAACUGUAAAGUUUGGUGGAGGAGGUAUAAUGGUCUGGGGCUGUUUUUCAUGGUACGGGCUAGGCCCCUUGAUUCCAGUGAAGGGAAAUAUUAAUGCUACAGCAUACAAUGACAUUCUAGACGAUUCUGUGCUUUCGACUUUGUGGCAACAGAAGAAGGCCCUUUCCUGUUUCAGCAUGACAAUGCCCCCGUGCACAAAGUGAGGUCCAUAGAGAAAUGGUUUGUCGAUCGGUGUGGAAGAACUUGACUGGCCUGCACAGAUCCCUGACCUCAACCCUAUUGAACACCUUUGGGAUGAAUUGGAACGCGACUGCGAGCCAGGCCAAAUCGCCCAACAUCAGUGCCUGACCUCACUAAUGCUCUUGUGGCUGAAUGGAAGCAAGUCCCUGCAGCAAUGUUCCAACAUCUAGUGGAAAGCCUUCCCAGAAGAGUGGAGGCUGUUAUAACUUAAAGGGGGGACCAACUCCAUAUUAAUGCCCGUGAUUUCGGAUUGAGAUGUUCGACGAGCAGGUGUCCACAUACCUUUGGUCAUGUAGGGCCUCCUGUAGCUCAGUUGGUAGAGCAUGUACUUGCAAUGCCAGGGUUGUGGAUUCGAUUCCCACGGGGGCCAGUAUGAAAAAUAUGAUGCACUCACUAACUGUAAGUCGCUCUGGAUUAGAGCGUCUGCUAAAUGACUAUAAAUGUAAAUGUAAAUGUAGUGUAUGUUUCCCGUGUACCCAGCCCAGUCACAUUCCCAGUAGCUGACAGGUAUACCGGACAGACCUCAUAAAAGAUGACUCUUCUUUGUUUUAGGAAAACCACGAGCUAGACAGGAAUGAAGGCCUGAAGUUUGCAAGAAAACAUUCCAUGCUGUUUAUAGGUAAGUCGGGAGUUGGGAGGAUUCCCCUCUCGGACCCGACUCGGGGCAUGAGUUAUGGCAAACCGUUCUGCAGGGGAAACAGCUUUUUAAAUAUCUAUCAUACCUGGACUGGAAUGUUUGCCUGCUUCUAUUUUUAGGUCUCUCUCUUUAAUAUCCUCUGUUUAACAUCUUUUAUAUUGAUGCAUGGCCAAACCCCCCACUUAUGUGGACAAAGUUGUCUGAAUUGAUUUGAAAUAAGCAAUAAUUACUUUUUUUAAAUUGGUAUAUAUUUACCAUGCUUUUGCAUGUAUUUAGUAUGACAUAUUUUAGAUCAUUUUAAUAUGAUAACCACAUGGUAAAUAUUCACUAAUGUGUUAAAGUGGGACCAACAUUUUGAAAAAAUGACGUGCAUAAAAAUAUACAUAAAUGACUCGGAACAGAAAUACCUUCUGCCAAUCCAGAGAGACAGCUGUUUUAGUAACUGCAUCAACUACUUUUUUUCUCUCCACUUUAAGAAACAACCAUUUUGACCACUUUAAUUUUUACAUAUAUGUCAUUUAGCAGACGCUCUUAUCCAGAGCAAUUAGGGCUAAGUGCCUUGCUCAAGGGAACAUCAACAGAUUUUUAGACCUGGUCUGGGAUACGAACCAGCGACCUUUCGGUUACUGGCCCAACGCUCUUAACCACUAGGCUACCUGCCGCCUUCACAACAAGACAAAACUUAGUGUAUGAAAUCUUUGUCCGUGUCUUUGUUAUUCCAAUCAUCAAUCAGAACAGAAAUAACUUCUACCAAUCAAGAGAUACGGCUAUUUGAGCAACUUCAAAUUAUAGCACUCUGGGAGCACAUUCUAAUUAAUCAAUAAUGCUCAAGAGGCUGUGAUAAACAUGGUCACAGCUAAAUGGCGUUGUUCGGUCCGACGCGCAGGGGAGGCACACAAUUCAUGUUCAGGAAAAUGACCCUGUCUAGUUUCAGAAAAAUGCAGCUGUGGAGGUCAGUAGCUAGAUGACAUGAAGAAGCAGCCAGUCACUGACAGUUGUUAUGUCUGUGUCUCUCCUCUCCCCCUCUCCUGCUCUCUCCCACUCUUUCUCUCUCCCCCCCCGCCCCCUCUCUCUCUUUCUCUGGGCCAGAGGCCAGUGCUAAGACGCGUGAUGGGGUCCAGUGUGCGUUUGAGGAGCUGGUUGAAAAGAUCAUCCAGACCCCUGGACUGUGGGAGAGCGAGACGCAGGGCCGAGGGGUCCAGCUGGGCCGGCAAGACCAGGCUGCAGGGGGGAGCUGUGGAGGCUACUGCUCCCUGGUUUAGACACACACACACACACACACUACAUACACACGCAACGCAUACAAAACAUAGACACUCAUAUACACACACAUACAAAACGCACACCACACACACUCAAUUGAAAGACACCCUACCAAACACUCACACUGAUGGCUGAUGUCCUGCUAUGAAGGCUAUAGUUUCCAGACCAUUUCCCCCAUCGGCCCCUGAGGUGUGGAGUGAGGCAGGGCUGCUCCUGACCAGCACCCUCCGCUCACUGGCUGUGAUCAUUCAUAGGGACAUUGCUGUUUGCACACUUCCUGGUAUCAUGGCUAUAAUUCUGUUUUAAAGGUCCUCUACCCUGUCUUUCUGAAAAUGAAAUGAGUGUAUGACUUGGUAGAAUAGUGAAGGGGAAAAACACUACCAUGGAUAGCAGAUGGGGUAUUAUUCUUAUUUAGAAAAGGAUCAUUUUCUAUCACCUGUUCUCAUUUAGGGUUGUUACGACUUUUGUUUGCCCUCCCCUCCCAACACUUUGCAUUUCCUUUGUAGAAAUGUUUCCCCCUAUUAUCUCUCCCUUAGCACUUUGUUCCUCUUAGCAAGGCAAGCACAACUAGUGUGUGUUGGCUGCAGGGAUGAUUCUCCAGCGUGUGUAUCUACCCUGUGUGAUCAUGCAGCCUUGUCCUCCUCCAGUGCUUGCCCUCCUAACAGCGCUGCGGUUGAUUUUCUUAUCAGCCUAAGCGUCAUGUAUUCUCUCUCUCGCUCUCUCUCUCUUCCACAAACUGCCUCUUUUUGUUCUAAAAAUUCUACAGUCACCAAGUUUCUGGAACAAAGUUUUACAGCUUUUAUUGACUUGGACUCCCAAACUUUCAGCAUUUUUUUUUUUUUUUUGAAGGGUUUAUAAAUCAAACAGAUUGGCAUGGGAGGGUUGGCUUUCCAUUGUGUGUGUUAUGAAAAAGAAACUAAAUGAAGAAACGCUGCAUGCCUUGUUUUGUUGGUGGUUGUUCUAAUGGGCUGUGACCAACCUGGUUAUCUGCCACUCUGACAGUUAAAUAUGAAUAUCUGUAUCAGCGCUAGCUUCAGUCUUGCUUCAGCUUUUCAUAAUGAAUCCCGAUAUGGAAAAAAAAAAGACAGAAGGAAAAGUUUUCUAUAUUAAAGAAUACAUUGAGUCAUAUGGGUGUUUGCAUUGAAAUCAAAGAAAGAGGUGUAAGACCUGUAAAAAUGUUUUUUGCAGUGUUCUGUCUCCGUGUUCCAUGUCCUUAGACCUUGCCUGUAGUUCUUGAGUGCCAGAAAGAAUGUGUUGGGAAAUGUAGUUUUGGGUGACCGUACCAAUGACCUACAGUAUAUUUGUGGCAGGAGUGACACGGAUGCCUUUACAGUAUGUCUAAUCAGAAUAUAAUUCUUUCUUAUCCUUUUUUUAAUUGCAUGGAGAAUUCUUCUUUUAAUUUUUCAUGUUUGUUCUAUAAAUGCCUUGCAGAGAAAGUUGCGCUGUGUCCCAAAUGGCACCCUAUUUCCUAUAUAGUGGACUACUUUUGACCACCCUGGUCAAAAGUAGUGCACUAUAUAGGAAAUAGGGUGCCAUUUCGGACACAAACCUGGACUGUAUGAACCACACAUACACAACAAGCGGGUUAGAUGUACCUGCAUCCAGAACCUUGCACACAGGUUUAUAGUAGACUACAUUGGGAUUUUCUAUUUGUCCUGAAUGAACUAGACGUCUACUUUAUGAUUGAAAUGACAGACUCUUGAACUUGUUAUUUUCUGUUUAUAUGUGACAGCAUAUAAACACAUUGUAAAUUAAUGUGUGUGUGAUUGUAAAAUGUGAAUGUAUACAUAUUACAAUUAUAAAACCACCCUAUGUAUUAAAGUGAAUAAAGUAAUUUUUAAAGGAUUCUGAAGUUCAUGCUUAUUCCUGCCUGAGCUAAGGAGCUCUCGCCUAUUGUAAAACAGUGCCAGAUCCUAUUAACUUAGUAUACAUUUUCACACAGUAAUUGUACUUCACCUCAUCCAAGAAGUCUUCACGGAAAACGACCUAGACGACUUACCAUGUUGGAAAUGUCGUCCUUUGGUGAGAACUGAGAAAGGGUUUCUCUUAAAGACGGUUUUUGAAUUUCACACUUUUACAGAUCGAGAAUAGAGAAGUAGAUGUGUGUUUGGUUUAAACACUGUCCGAGGACUCCUAUUUCAGCUCCCUGUGAUGUCUAAAUCAUAUUUUGGGCAGCCGGUCAGAAAACACCACUACUCUUUUACCCUGGUGCGGUGGCUUUGACUGGGAUGUGCAUCAUUCCUGUGUCAUUAUGAAAGGGCUGGCAGAGCCGACCGAGGCCGCUACCCUCCGACUUCCUCACCGCUCAGCGAAGGCAGUUAGUCUGAAAACACAGACCUACAACAUAACUGAAUGUCUGUAGCAUCAACAGAGACCUAACCACUACAUAAUCUGAUUCUCAACCUAACUAUCUGCUUCAUUACACAGACCAGAGAUUUGUCAAUGCAGCAAGAACAAUAGAAGGAGCAUUUUCCCAGAGGAUUCUCAACCACCACCAACCCCAAACUCCGACCUGGAUUCAAAUACUUUAGCUACACUUGAUUGAGCCUGCCUGGCGCAAUGGAACUAAUCGAAUAGCUCAAAGUGAAAAACCCUGCUCAUAUUGCACACUUCAGGCAGACCUCAAUCUAACGCUCAAAGUUAUCUGAUACCAAAUAAAUACUAAGGGGUCUGACAAGUGACCACCAGUGGGAUAUACAGUGCAUUCACAAGUAUUCAGACCCCUUGACCUUUUCCACAUUUUGUUACGUUACAGCCUUAUUCUAAAAUGUUUUUUUUCCCUCAUCAAUCUACACACAUUACCCCAUAAUGACGAAGCAAAAACAGGUAAAAAUAAAUACAUCGAAAUAACAUUUACAUAAGUAUUCAGACCCUUUACUCAGUACUUUGUUGAAGCGCCUUUGGCAGCGAUUACAGCCUCAAGCCUUCUUCGGUAUGACGCUACAAGCUUGGCACACCUGUAUUUGGGGAGUUUCUCCCGUUCUUCUCUGCAGAUCCUCUCAAGCUCUGUCAGGAUGGAUGAGGAGCAUUGCUGCACAGCUAUUUUCAGGUCUCUCCAGAGAUGUUAGAUCGAGUUCAAGUCUGGGCUCUGGCUGGGCCACUCAAGGACAUUGAGACUUGUCCCGAAGCCACUCCUGCGUUGUCUUGGCUGUGUGCUUAUGGUCGUUGUCCUGUUGGAAGGUGAACCUUCGCCCCAGUCUGAGAUCCUGAGCGCUCUGGAGCAGGUUUUCAUCAAGGAUUGCGCUGUACUUUGCUCCGUUCAUCUUUGCCUUGAUCCUGACUAGUCUCCCAGUCCCUGCCGCUGAAAAACAUCCCGACAACAUGAUGCUGCCACCACCAUGCUUCAACGUAGGGAUGGUGCCAGGUUUCCUCCAGACGUGACGCUUGGCAUUCAGGCCAAAGAGUUCAACCUUGGUUUCAUCAGACCAGAGAAUCUUGUUUCUCAUGGUCUGAGAGUCCUUUAGUUGCCUUUUGGCAAACUCCAGGUGGGCUGUCAUGUGCCUUUUACUGAGGAGUGGCUUCCGUCUGGCCACUCUACCAUAUAGCCCUGAUUGGUGGAGUGCUGCAGAGAUGGUUGUCCUUCUGGAAGGUUCUCCCAUCUCCACAGAGGAACUCUGGAGCUUUGUCAGAGUGACCAUCGGGUUCUUGUUCACCUCCCUGACAAAGGACCUUCUUCCCUGAUUGCUCAGUUUGGCCGGGCGGCCAGCUCUAGGAAGAGUCUUGGUGGUUACAAACUUCUUCCAUUUAAGAAUGGUGGCCACUGUGUUCUUGGGGACCUUCAAUGCUGCAGAAAAUUUUUAGUAACCUUCCCUAGAUCUGUGCCUCGACACAAUCCUGUCUCUACGCACAAUUCCUUCGACCUCAUUACUUGGUUUUUGCUCUGACAUGCACUGUCAACUGUGGGACCUUAUGUAUAGACAGGUGUGUGCCUUUCCAAAUCAUGUCCAAUCAAUUUAAUUUACCACAGGUGGACUCCAAUCAAGUUGUAGAAACAUCUCAAGGAUGAUCAAUGGAAACAGGAUGCACCUGAGAUCAAUUUCGAGUCUCAUAGCAAAGGGUCUGAAUACUUAUGUAAAUAAGGUAUUUCUGUUUUUUAUAUAUAUUUUCUAAAAACCUGUUUUUGCUUUGUCAUUAUGGGGAAUUGUGUGUAGAUUGAUGAGAAAAUUAUUUAAUCAAUUUUUAGAAUAAGGCUGUAACGUAACAAAAUGUGGAAAAAGUCAAGGGGUCUGAAUACUUUCUGAAUGUACUGUAUGCCACUGUCUGCCACCUUAUGGCCACGUCCCAUUGCGUUCUCUAUCCACUUAACACUGCUCAAAUUCAUACUAGCAAUAGUAUAGUAUAUAGUAUUAUAACAAUAUGUUUGCGUCCCAAAUGGCACCCUAUUCCCUUUAUAGUGCACCACUUUUGACCAGAGAAAGUUUGUCAUUUGUGUUGCAGAAAUGUAUAGUCAGUGAGGUUUUCAAGGGACUGGAGUGAGCCAGUCUGAGCGGCCACCCGGGCUAAGCUAACAGAGUGGGUCUGUGUCUCAUUAGCACAGGCUCCUCUCCUCUCUCCGCCAGGCCGUAUGGGUUUUGGUUUAGCGCUAUCUCAGACGGGCCUCUCAGGAGAGCGGUCAUGCUGUCAUGUGUAAAAAUGUUACGAGACGUCGGGCAUCGUUUCAUAAGGUGUCGGGUUCCCAGACGUCACUCAGUUUGUCAUGCUCAUUGUCAGUCUACUAUCAGUUAAUUGUUUUGCCAUGCUGACCAGGAGAAAGAAUGGGGAGAGAAGAAUUAAAAGGAUCAAGCUCUCUGUUACUACUGCUGCUGGGAGAGAUCUGAGUUAUUGGGGGCAGUAGGGCUAAUAGGUUAACCAUAAGGAUAGCCUCCGCUCUGCUCUGCGCCCAGUGUUGGAUGGACAGUGUUGUGUGUGAAAGUGAUAGGGGAGCACUGGGGAGUCGACACUGCAACAGGCCUUGUCUAAUAAGCUACUCUUUCCACACUAUUGUGCCGACUUGAAUCAAACCGUAUGUACUGUGCUGGCUCUGAUUCACAUUGUAUCUUGCAACACAGUUCCAGCAGUUGGAUGUGUAACCAGAGCAGUACGGCUUGGUUCGGCUCGUCUCGGCUCAGCUCAGUAGUGUGAAUAGAGUAGUCUAUAAGCAGGGUUGGGAAGUAACUGAUUACAGCAAAAAUAUUGUAAUCAGAUAACAGAUACUUUUGAAGAACUAGAUGAUUACUUCUUGGAUGACUUUUAAAUUCAGAAAGGAUGUUUGCGGAAAAAAAAUACAUUAUGGCACCUUUGUGUUUUCUCAAUAACAUUCAAUUCAGCAUUGAAAAAAGGCGCACGUUUAAGUUUGUUCCACCUGAGCGAGUCAGACCACAAGUCAGAGACCACUAUGAUGACACACCAAAUGUGUUGGAUGGAUCCUUUUUGUCUUCCUCUAAAGCCUCUUAAGAGGAAAGUAAUCAAAAAGUAACAAAGUAAUCGGAUUACAUGACUGAGUUUAGGUAAUCAACAAGUUAUGUUAUUGAUUACAAUUUUGGACUGAUAACUUAAAUGGAUUACAUUUAGAAACCUACCCAACCAUGCCUGUAAGGCACCUGUGCGUCUGCAGACUUUUCAAGUGUUAACGUUCUGAAGUGAGGUAGAGGAAAAUGAGCCUCCAUCCCUCCAUCCAUGCUCUUUCCCUACCCUCUGAUGUCAGUAAGCUCCAGCUUCAGCCAAGCUCCCCGGCCUUCUCUUCUCUUAGGUUACCCUGUGUACGUCCCAAAUGGCACCCUAUUCCCUGUAUAUUACACUACUUUUGACCAGAGCCCUAUGGGUCAUGGUCAAAUGAAAUGCACUAUUAAGGAAAUAGGGUGCAAUUUGGGAAGCACCCACUCUCUGUACCAGAAGCCUCUGAGGUAAUGCAACCAACAGCCCCAGAACUGAUGAGACUGUCAAUGCAGGUGGAAACACACUAAUUAUGUUGAAUCUCCUGAUUAGAUUGUCGUUUUACACUCUGUCUCCUGUUAUUUCAUCAGGAGCUUCUUGUUUCAUAAUUUCACUGGUCCCUCUGAGAUGUAUGGCCCUCCUUUUGUCCUAUAAUACUCCCUCAAUCUUCUCUACCUCCCUCUCACUCUUUCUCUACUUUCCUCUCACUCUCUUUCUCUACCUCUCUUUCACUCUCUUUCUUUACCUCUCUCUCACUCUCUUUCUCUCUCUCACUCUCUUUCUCUACCUCCGUCUCAUUCUAGAUUGCAGUCUCCUUUUGAAAUUGUGUCCUGAAAGAGUAUGAACAGAGAUGGUGUUUGGGUUGGCAUAAUGUUAAGACAGGGUUAGAGUAGAGUAGGGUCCACUGAAGUUAGAUUCUGUCCUCCUCAGAGAGGUGUGACCACACCCUCUGAGAUACCAGGCCUACAAGAUCACCUAUCAAUCAGACUGGAGCAGCCCCAUAACUGAAUAAUCCCUGACCUUGGGUGAGUAGGAAACUUCUACCCCUGUUUGGUGUGAACCCAUGGCCUAAUUCCAUGUAUGUCAAUUUGACUUGUAAUUCAGUUGUAAUUGAGUUUCCUCAGGAUUUGAAACUAAGUGAUUGUAUUGUAACCUAUACUUGUUAUUUGGGAAAACAGACUCCUAUGUAAAGGCCCCUAAAGAAAGCAAGGGAGAGGGACAGCGGAAGCUCCUUUCUCUACAGUUCAGUCUUUCAUCCUGGCCUCAGGUUACUGUGUUAAUAUGCAGAGGGCUCAGAGAGGGACAGACCAGGGGCACGCACACACACACACACACGUACCACCCCACCAUCCUGUGGAAACCAAAUGAAAGGAUGAGUACCACCAUUCAUCAUCCAUCUACCCGUAAUUCCCCUGUUUAUUGCGCUACCCGCUCUACUCUCCUGUGGCAUAUUUCUGGCAUACUCCGGCUCUCCCCGGAAUUCUUUGGCUGUGCUGUCAUUCACCCACACCACCCAACCGCAUGUCACAAAAAGCCCUCCGGUCAGAUCUGGACUCAUGCUACUACAACAUGGAAGCAAAUAUCCAUGCAGGCCCAAGCUUAUUGGAUUCUAUAAUAAACUAAUCACAUUGUGUCAACAUGGGCUGGGUGUAAGCUUUCCACAUGCCUGAAACACAUUUCCAUCCAUGGAAAAGCCGCAUGUUUUACUGCUACCCUUCUAUCUCGACCCGCCUUGAAAAAAAAAAUGAUAUUAUUAAACCCCCUUCGGGCUACAUGAUUGGCAUGUAUAGAAACAAAUUCAUUAUUUUGUAUAAAUAAUCCUGCUCUGUGUUAUAAUUGCAUUGCUUAUUUUCCUUUGCCAGGAUGAUCUGGUUUUCGGGGCUGUACCAG